UAAGGAGACGCAAGAGGACCCGGCACCGAGAAGAAAGAGAGAGGAAGGGACGGGCGGGCUGGCGGUCGAGGCCGUGAUGGGAGAGGGGGCGAUCGCACCGGUGAAGAUACCUUCUUUUUCGUUUCCCCAAACCAUCCCCUCCUCCUCUUUCUCUUCCAUCCGAUUCCUCGGCCUCUUGAAGCAGCCCGAUUCCGGCCCCAGACCGAACGCUAACCUUAACCUCGAGCUCGACGAGAGCGACGUCUUCUGGUCCGCCUCUGAGAUCUCUUCCGCCUCCUCCUCCCCCUCCGCUGCCGGCCCUGCCUCCUACUCUCCGUCUGACCGAUACCAUCACCAGCGGCCCAAGACCCGGCCCUUCGUGCCGGAAAGGUCCGGCCUAUCGGCCGCGCUGGCGGAGGACAGCCUGCUCCUGGUGAGGCAGAGGCGGCCGGCGGCGGCCUCGCGGGAUGGCGUGCCGGUGCCGGCGGGGGGAUCCGGGGGAGGGAUGGGGAUGGGAAACGGGUGCCACCAGUCUGCGCCAGUGAACGUGCCGGCGUGGCCGAGCUGGAGGAGGGGGAGGAAGGUGGAAGCGGUGGAGGAGGGGGAGGAAGAUAGAGAGCUGGAGGAGGAGGAGGAGGAGGAGGAGGAGGAGAUGGUGCCGCCGCACGUGAUCGUGGCGAGGUCGCACGAGAUGACGUUCUCGGUGUUCGAGGGCGUAGGGCGGACCCUCAAAGGGAGGGAUCUCCGGCAGGUACGGAACGCCGUCUUGCAGAAGACCGGUUUCCUCUGAUUCGUUCUCUCUCCCCCUUCUCUCUCUCUUGUUCUCUUGCUCCCUUGUCCUUUUUCCCCUACCCUUUUCUUACCGACUGGUAUGGGUUUUGUUGUGAUUGUACUUUUAGAUGCUCCUUUUUUCGUGUAGGUUGUGAUGAAGCCUAGAUGUCUAGUUCGUUGUGUAAUCACCAUUUAGUUGUAUUAUCAAUUGGAUAUUGUACGUAAUCAUGGUUCUGUUUGGAAUAAAAAGAUGCUAGUCUUUUUUUUCCUCUCAUUUUCUUGUUUAUGUUUUCAUUGUAAAUAAGCUUUAUUGGAGGUUGAUGUCACAACUGUUGAA